UCUUUCUUUCUCAUUAACACAAUUGUCUCUGCUCUUUCAUUCCUCUCUUUCACCGGUAAUGGCAAAACUCUCUCAACGGAACAAGAAGAUCAUCGAGGACGAAACUAUCGAUAAAACCGCCACUGCGUCUGCGUCGCCAGUGGUUUUUAAAUGCAAACGCAAACGGAAGUCGCCGCCUCAAAACGCUCCUCCGCAACGCAGCUCCUCCCACAGAGGCGUGACAAGGCAUAGAUGGACAGGGAGAUACGAAGCGCAUUUGUGGGAUAAGAACAGCUGGAACGAGACGCAGACCAAGAAAGGACGUCAAGUUUAUCUAGGAGCAUAUGACGAAGAAGAAGCAGCAGCACGUGCCUAUGACUUAGCGGCAUUGAAGUAUUGGGGAAGAGACACACUCUUGAACUUCCCUUUGUCUACUUAUGAAGAAGACGUCAAAGAAAUGGAAGCCCACUCCAAGGAAGAGUACAUAGGAUCUUUGAGAAGGAAAAGUAGUGGGUUUUCUCGUGGUGUUUCAAAAUACAGAGGCGUUGCAAGGCAUCACCAUAAUGGGAGAUGGGAAGCUCGCAUUGGAAGGGUGUUUGGUAAUAAAUAUCUAUACCUUGGAACAUACGCUACGCAAGAAGAAGCAGCCAGAGCAUACGACAUAGCGGCAAUAGAGUACCGUGGACUUAACGCCGUUACCAACUUCGACGUCAGCCGUUAUCUAGACUUACCGGCAACGAAGAAACCCAACGCCGCCGCAAGUCCAGAAUCACCAAACGAUCAAACAUCGUCGGAUGAUAACAAUUUUACGAAAACAGAGGAGGUAACCGAACCGUCUACGCCGCCUGAAGCUAUUCAAUCUCGCCGGAGCUUCCCAGACGACAUCCAGACGUAUUUCGAGUGUCAGGAUUCCGGCAAGUCAGCGACGGAGGAAGACGUUAUCUUCGGUGGUUUUAGUUCUUUCAUAAGCCCUGGUUUAUGUAACGAGUUUGAUUAUUGGUCUUGAUCGUAUGGUACUAUGUUAUGCAUCAAAAAAAUGAUUUCUUGGCGGUAAAGCUACCCAACUUUAUUAUAAAAACACAACACCACAUAA